AAAUAGAACUUGUCAUAUGAAAAUCUUUUCAGUUAAUUGAACUACUUUGAUGUGAAGCAAUGUCUGCUCUAAUUCUGUUAGUAACUGUCAUGACGGUGUCAGAAGCUCUUCAAUGCUCCUGCGAUUGUCAAAUUGUCAGUCGUUCACAAUGGAAUGCUCGAAUACCAAAAGAAAUAGACUAUAUAAACACUCCAGUUAAUAUGGUUUUUAUACACCAUACCAGUAUGGGUAGCUGUUUUAAUCUCACUAGUUGCACUGAAGAAAUGCAAAAGAUCCAAGACUUUCACAUGGACACACGAGGCUGGUUCGACAUUGGUUAUAAUUUCUUGGUUGGAGAAGAUGGACGCGUUUAUGUUGGCCGUAGCUGGGACAGAGAAGGUGCCCAUACAUUGCAUUUCAACAGAGUUGCUAUUGCUGUGUCUGUGAUGGGAAACUUUAUGCACAGACUUCCCAACAAUCUUGCCUUAGAUGCCGUUAAAAACAUUCUUGACUAUGGAGUAUGCUUGGGUAAAAUUACUGCCAACUACAGACUAUAUGGUCACCGAGAUGUGAGGGAAACAUCAUGUCCUGGAGACAAAUUCUACCAACUUAUACAGACGUGGAAACAUUACUCUUACACUAAACCAUCUCCAAGUUCCAUCAUAGGCUGACGCAUCAUAUUAUUUGCUGUUUUAUUUUGUAAAAUGACUUACAAUGUUCUUAAAUGUUAUAAAUGACAGUUCUGCAAGUCAACAUUAAAGAUAGCCAAAUAUUAAUCAAAAUAAA